AUGCACCUCACAUCAGCGGACCCAGCACUGGCAGAAGCAGCUAUUGCAACAGCAGGGAAGACAAUGAUAAUGGUAUCGAGAGCAGUAACGCGUUUGUGUUCCCCCGCAGCACGUUGUCACUUCUGCUUUAGUGCUAACUUUUUCCACACAGCAACACCACCAACGACAGCCGCAAGUGGAGCACCAGCAAGGGCCCGAGACCCAUCAUCAAAGCCCCAGACUCCGUCGGCAGCUAAAUUAAGCUUGCAGCGCGCAGGGACGUUGUUGUUGAACCAGCCUCCCCCUGACUACGAAAUAUCUGUUCACCGGGGCCUAAAGGUGCAGGCGUCGUUGCUGCUGCAGCGGCUGCCACUGGUGUAUAAAGAGCCGCUGUACGAACAAAAUUUUCGGCUUUUCAAGGAAGAUUGGGAGAGCAGAACCGACAAUGCCACAGUUCUUGACGAUGAAAUAACAUACAUGCAGCUGCCAGGACACUUCCUGGAGACGCAACAGCAGCAGGAGCAACGGGAGAAGCAGCAACAAAAGACAGGCGACGCGGAGCUUUCUGAGCUAGACAUGCUGCUGCAGCAAGAGGGACUGGUAAUGGAUAGGCACAAAAUGAGGAAACAGCGACGGAAGCAGCAGGAAGACUCUGCGAUGUCAGCCCGUGCCUCUGCAGUAGCCACAGCGGCGGCCGAAAGGGAGGACAGAUCUCUGUCGCAGCUCCCGGAAAGAGUACUGCUGCUGCUUGUCAAGUAUGGGAACGGGUGGCAGCUUCCGGUGGAAGACAGACGACACGGACAGACGAUGCGCCAGACUCUGGCACGGCUGUGCAUGAAGCAGCUGGGCUUGCGUGAGGCCCCAUUUAUGGUUGGCUUUGCCCCUGCUGCAAUGCGGAAGUUACGGAACAAACCCAGCGCGGUUGUUCAGGGCCGAGAAGUUUUCUACUAUCGCGCGUACCACGUCCCUGAACAGCCACAGGUGUGCCCCCCGUUGGACAGUCCUGUGAGGGAUUGGGCAUGGGUGCCGGCAGAAGAGGCUAAGAAACGAAUGACCGCAAGUAGCUUCCUUGCCAUACGGGAUGCUCUGCUUCUCGGCUGA